AUGGCUUCGUUAGAGCUUACAGACAAUCAGAUUGAGGAGUUCAGAGAGGCGUUUACGCUCUUUGACAAGGAUCAGGAUGGACACAUCUCUGGACAGGAGCUCUCCACGGUGAUGCGCUCCUUGGGGUUCACACCGUCUGAGUCGGAGGUUGCUGAUAUGAUGAACGAGAUCGACGUCAAUGGUGACCACAAGAUUGAGUUCUCGGAGUUCCUGGCGCUCAUGUCGAGACAGCUCAAGACAAAUGACUCUGCCCAGGAGCUGGCGGAGGCCUUCAAGGUGUUUGACAAGAACGGCGACGGUGUCAUCUCAGCUGCGGAGCUCAAGCACGUGUUGACGAGUAUCGGCGAGAAGCUGGACGACAAGGAGGUUGAUCUGAUGCUGAACGAGAUCUCUGACGGUACCGGACAGAUUAAUAUCGAGCAGUUUGUUGCUCUCUUGUCCAAGUAA